AUGAAUUCAAUUUCAGAAUGCCCCCCGGCUGCUGAUGGCAUGGAAAGAUUCGCAUGCCCCACACCCGACCGUCAGGGGCGUUAUAGAUGUAUCGACGACCAUGUGCUCUGUGAUGGCUUCAUUGACUGCCCCAGUGGGGAGGACGAAGAUCGACAGGCAUGCAUGUUUUAUAAGACGACAAAAGCUCACUUGGACGUGCUGGCCGACGCGCUGCUGCGGUGGGCGCGCGGCCGCUAA